AUGAAGCCGAAGCAUGGUGGUCCACUAUGGGCCUUCCAGUUCUGUCUGCAAGCUUACUUCCCAGAGCUGAGGGAAGCGGCCAAUACUGCCGACACCGAGCCGUUGGCCAACGCAUUUGCCCGGGCCCCCAGGAAGCAUAACACCUCGACUUUCUGCUAUAAAUUUUUCUACGGCUUGGUCGAGAGGACUGAGUCGCAGUUCCGGGUGUGUCUUGCGCGGCCGUACCCUUUGUUCCUAGCGCACGAUCUCUCCGUGAUUCCUGACGGCGAAACGGAGAACGAUCUAAAGGAGAUCUGGGGCUCCUUCCUAGUCGCGCGCGACCUUCACUGCGGCCUGUCCAAGGCUGGGGUCGAGGGCCGACGUCGCCUAGCAGCACGGCGUGGCUCGCAUUUCCUUCCAACUCCAAAAGGGGAUGACCUUCCUCACUCUGACGCCUUGGUUGCGUCAAGUCGUGAGGGGGCUCUGAAGAAUGCAGAUUGGGACCCCCUCAUCCCCAAGGCUGGUAAGGGGAAGAAGGCAUCGGCCGUGCUUCCUCGACCGAGUACGCCGGCCGAAGCCGUACCCAGGGUGGCGGCCCCUCCUUUGGUCAGAGCAGCGAUCGUGACUUCAACCGCGGCCCCAACCCCCAGAGUGCCAGUUGUAGUGGGGGCGCGAAAAACUUUGGCCCAUAGGACCAUGCCAUCCGCCCCGCCGACUCGACCGAUCGUUGCCGUUGCCCCGGGUCGUAAGAGGGAUCGAGAGGCCUCAAGUACUGAGGCCGCAGCGGUUGAGGCCGCUCCGGCCGAAAGUGUUGCGGUUGAGACAGCAGUGCUAGAGCGGUCGAGAAAAAGGGUCCUCCUCGUUCUUUCGGAGGAUGAGGACGAGGAAGAAGUCCCUCCUGUGAUCGGCAAGGCAGUGGCCGAGGAGGUGACCGCCGCCGAGGUGGCAGUCGAGGGGGCGGCCAUUGCCAAGGUGGCGGAAAUGCCGGAUGCCGAGGCAGCAGUCGCAGAGGUGCCAGCUACUGAGGAGGCCGCCGUGGACAUGCCAGACGACGAGGUCCUUGUCGUGGAACCGACGCGGGCCACCCUGGUGGAAGUCCCUUCGGCCGCCUCCGCCGUGCCUACCUUGGCCGUUACCGCGUCCGUCGAGCCGUUGCCGUCUGCUCCUCGUCGUCCAAGCGCUCGGUAA